UCAGAUAUACAUAGGACGUGGUUGUAAGUCUCUCCCCAAAAAAAUCUCCCAAAAAACACCACAUUACAAGAACCCCAUUAUUAAUACAAUCCUUAACUAAAAACAUUAUAUUCCGAUGUCUAAAUCCACGGCUACUUCCACAGCCUUGCUUCUUGUCUGUUUCUCCACCGUUUUUUCCGCCGCAUCGCCGCCGCCGACGUGUCCUUUGCAGCCCAAUUUGUUUAUACACACUCUCAAUUCUCAGUCUCCUUUUCAUUUUUCGCCCAAUCCACCUCUCCAGGUGGGGAGUGAUUAUCUUGACAGGAUAUUGAAUUCCAGGGGUAAUAAUGCAUACACUUCUGUACUCUUUUAUGCUUCAUGGUGUCCAUUUUCGCAUAAAGUUCGGUCCACAUUUAAAACCUUGAGUGCUAUGUUUCCUCAUAUUGAACAUUUGGAGGUUGAAGAGUCCUCAGUGGUUCCUAGCAUACUUUCAAGGUACAGGGUACACAGCUUUCCUACAAUAUUAAUGGUGAAGCAGACAUCAAAAUUGCGGUAUCUGGGUGCAAAAGAUCUCAACAGCCUUGUAAGAUUCUACAGAAGAACAACAGGGUGGGAGCCGAUUCAAUAUGUUGAUACAGAGCAAGCUAGUAGUUCGGAAGGCAGUGGAGAGUUUGUUAUGCGGUCGUGGGUAGGUUCAUCACCCUACGAGAUUCUGAGAAGGGAACCCUACUUGGUACUCUCGUUGCUGUUCCUAUGUUUAACAGUAUUAAUAAAUGCAUUACCAAAGGUCUUAUUGCACAUCAAACCUUUGUGGGUGGUGUAUGGACCACAUUUGAAUUUGGGAAUAUUUGGAGAGACCAGACAAAUAUUGGGACGCCUUCUUCAGAUGGUCAAUCUAAAGAUGAUUUGGACCAAAUUGAAACGAUGUAAAACCAGUGGCUUCCAUCAAUGUGCAAAAGAUGUGAAGAAUGCUCGUGUCUGGGCUUCUUCACUGGCUUCAGUCUCUCUGGGUAAAACCUCAUCAUCUAAGUCUGAAUCUUAGCCUGGCCUUGAAACAUGUAUAAUAGUCUGGUUUGAGGAGGAAGAAUUCCUCAAGUUCUAAUAAAAGAGAUUUCUGAGGGAGCUCUACUCCCCUAACCCGUCAUCCCUCCCCCAUCAUUUCCCGUCAUGAAGAUCGUUUUUUUUUUUUUUUGCUUAGUUACAAAUUCUUCCAAUCCUAAAUCAUGACCACCGGUUAAUGAGGCGUCGUUUUAGUUUUGGGUGGUUUCUUUGGGAAGGAGCUUAGGCACCAAGCUUGUAAAUCUAGACCAGCUUCUUUUUUGCACGAAAAUCUGUUUCUUUUUCUUAUAGAAACAGCUGAAUAUAAUUCUCUAGACAUGUAUGUGUUCACAAGUUAUUUAGUAUAUAUGAAAUGUUUCGGAGAAUUGUUUGUGUA